CUCUACAAUGUCGACCUGAGGAACGGGGAACUCAUCAUACCCCAGACGGGCUUCUAUUACAUCUAUUCACAAACCUACUUCCAGUUCCGGGAACCAGACGGCGUGCUCCCUGAUGCCGAGCCUGACUCGGACAGUGUCAGAAACCCUAAGCAGAUGGUCCAAUACAUCUCCAAGUUCACGAACUACUCGGAUCCCAUCUUGCUGAUGAAAAGCGCCAGGACCAGCUGUUGGUUUAAAAAGGCAGGGUAUGGACUGUAUUCCAUCUACCAAGGGGGUGUGUUUCAGCUAAAACAAAAUGACCGGAUUUUUGUCUUCAUCAAUAAUGAGGAGCUGGUGGACAUGGAUAACGAGGCGAGUUUCUUUGGCGCUUUCUUGGUCUUCUAA